AGAGAAUGGACGCCAUUGAUUCAGUGUUCGAUCCCCUCAGAGAGUUCGCCAAGGACAGCGUAAGGCUCGUCAAGCGUUGCCAUAAACCCGAUCGCAAAGAAUUCUCCAAGGUUGCUGUUCGUACUGCAAUCGGAUUCGUGGUUAUGGGAUUCGUUGGCUUCUUCGUCAAGCUCAUCUUCAUUCCCAUUAACAACAUCAUCGUCGGAUCUGGUUAGAGUUUGUAACAGCCGUUGCACGUCUUUGACAUUGGAAAGAGCAUCGGUGCCGCCAUAACUCAGGUAGAUAGGAAGGCUGUUCAGAAUUCUGGUCAUGUCAUACACCAGAGGAGUCGGCUGUCCAUAACAUCUUGUAUUCUCAUCUAUGUUCAUGUAAUCAAACGUUGCUAUUGUUCCUUGUCUGAUCACUGUGAUAACAAUAGGAUUAAAACUUAGUUUCAAUUCAUAUGAAGCAAAUUUUAGUUAUAAACAGCCCUUUCUAGCUGAAUUUUCAGAAUCUAAAAUUCCUUUUCGUCA